ACCAGAACAGGCCAAGGAAGAGAUGGAUUUCUGGUGUCCCCUGAGCUCUGCACAGCCAGGAUCCGCUCACCUGCAGCCGCAUUUGGAUGAAGCACAGGAGGCAGAGUGCCAAGCUUUGAAAAUGCAGCUGCAGCAGGAAGUGGAGCUGUUGAAUGCAUGUCAGAGGAAAUUCAAGAUGCAGGCUGAGGUGCAACAUGAUCUAGAGCUUCGGGAGCUUGAACAGAGGGUCUCCCUCUGCAAGGCACUCUUAGAACAAAAGGUGUAA